AGAUGAAGAAUCUUUUAUCAUGCAUGCCAGUCGCAGGAAAGGAAAUCAAAACAACGUCAGAGCACUCAGCGGCAACAUCGAUACCGACUUUUACAGCACUGCUGCUUUCAACGCAAACAAUCGUACCCAACAAACCCAAAUCCUCACACCCACGUUCCGACUGUCGAAGCCUUACUCGCCGACAUGAUGCGCGAAAACGAGACACAAGACGGUCACGCAAGCAUGUGCACCAAGACGGGAUCCUUGCUCUGCCUCCCCCAAGUCCAAGGUUGACUAGACUUGCCUGUUCACGGGUUCUUGGUUCAAGGCACUGAGGGACAGGGCCGCCUCCCCAAGCCUAUCGGAUGCGUGGCAAGGUUGAGCUGGCUGUAAGGUAAGGCGACUCCCCAAUCUUCCACAGCGUCAUCCCCCCAACAAGUGACUUCUUCGAGCCCCAUCCUGUAGCGGGCCCGUGAGAGAGUGACCGAGUCAGUGCGAGUCGACCGCCGGGCCGUGGGGCAUCGAGGCAGAACGCCGCCAUCAGGUCGGGCCCGAUGAGGGCGGUGAAGCCUUCCUAUUUCACUG